CUGUUCGUUCAGUUGAACAUCGGCGUCCUGGCAGUUCAAGGUGAUUUCGCGGAGCACUCCCAUGUGCUCCGCAGCGUGGGCGUCACGGCCACCGAGGUGCGUUUGCCGAAGCACCUCGACGGGUUGGAUGGCCUCAUCAUACCGGGAGGCGAGAGCACCACCCUCAGUCGUCUCAUGUCGCUGUAUGAUCUCCGCGACCCGGUUGCCGAACUGGCUGCCCGGGGCCAAGCGGUGUGGGGGACGUGCGCCGGCAUGAUCAUGCUGGCCAAUGAAAUCACCGAGGAGGACCCAGUGCCCAUGGGCCUCAUGGACGUUGGGGUCCAGCGCAACGCUUUCGGACGCCAGGUCGAUUCCUUCGAGCAAAACCUGCUCAUCCAGGGGCUGGGUGAUCGCGAAUAUCACGCGAUUUUCAUCCGUGCUCCGGUUAUCACGCGGGUUGGUGACGCCGUGGACGUUCUUGCCUCCCUUCCCGACGGCCGGCCGGUUGCGGUGCAGCAGGGCAAGAUGAUGGCCACGUCAUUCCACCCCGAGCUCACCGCCGAUGCCCGCAUUCACCGCUACUUCGUUUCCCUCGCCGGCGGGCCUCCCUUUGACCCGGAAGCGCCCCUCAUCGAUACUCCCCGUGUCCGCUAG